AUGAUAUAUGGAAAAAAUAAUAUAUUAAAAUUUAAAAGUAGUCAUUUUUAUAUUGAUAAAUUAAUAAAACAUACUAAUAAAAGUCAACAAUUAUGGAAUAAUUAUAAAAUAAAAUAUAUGAAAGUAUAUAAAAAUCAGAUAGAAGAAAAUGUACAUAUGGAAGCAUUUUUUGAUAAAAUUGCACUUAUUAAUAAUCAUAAUAAUAAAAAUAUCAACGGAAAUGAAUCAUAUUAUUUAAACAUAAAUCAUUUUACUGAUUAUACACAACCAGAUUAUCAAAAAAUGAUAGGUAAAAGUUUUAAUGUAUCAAGUAAAGUUUAUAAUGAUAAAAUUAAUUUUAACAAACAAAUAUCUGUUCCAAAAGCAAUUGAUUGGCGUCAUUAUGGUGCUAUUACAGAUGUUAAAAAUCAAGGUCUUUGUGGUAAUGGAUGGAUUUUUGCAGCUAAUGCUGCUAUAGAAGCAAUAUGGAAAGGUAAUACUAGAAAUCUUGUUAGUUUUUCAUCACAGGCUGUUGCUGAUUGCACAAAAGGUGACUCCUGUACAGGUGGAUGGAUUGAAGAUGCCUUUGAAUAUUCAAAAUAUUAUGGAAUGAUAAAAGAAACUGAUUAUCCUUAUAAAUUUGGUAAAGAUGGUGAAUGUAAAUAUAAAGAUUAUGAAAUUGUUGGUAAAAUAUCAAGAUGGAUUCAUUUACAAACUAAUGAUGAAGAGUAUUUAAAAUUUUAUAUUGGAACAAUAGGACCAGUUGUUGUAGGAAUGGAUGCUUCAUUAAAAACAUUUCAAGCAUAUUCUCAUGGUAUUUAUGAUGAUCCAGAAUGUUCUCAUACAUUAAAUCAUGUUGUACUUUUAAUUGGUUAUGGUAAAGAUGAUUUUAAUGGUGAUUAUUGGAUAGCAAAAAAUUCAUAUGGUACUUCAUGGGGUGAACAAGGUUAUUUUAGAAUAAAAAGAGGUGUAAAUAAAUGUGGAAUUGCUUUAGCAGCAGCAGCACCUAUUGUGUAA